CAUUUAAAAGUGCGUCAGCGCUGCGGGUCGACACAACGAACAGAGUUCUGGAGCCUAGGGCCCAACGGCAACGAAGAAACCCUUUAAAAGGAGCAACAUGGAGGCGGCAACAAGUGCUAGUCGAGUGCCUGCGGUGGUGCAUCCCGCCGUGAUGUCCGAUCCCUGGUUCAUGCUUGCCGUUCUGGGAGUCUAUCUGUACUUUGUCACCGUUGUGGGUCCACAGUUUAUGGAAUUUCGGAAGGCUUAUAAACUCAAGAAACUGAUAAUGGCGCACAAUCUGAUUCAGGUGGUGUCCUGUCUAUAUGUCCUCAAAGAGGUGUUCUUCAUUACGGAUAAUGCAGUCCAGUACUUCUGGGAGUGUAGGGAUUUCGGGAAGAGUCAGGAACACGUGCGCCGUCACUUCGAGCUGGCCCACUUUCUCUUCUGGCUGAAGCUCUCCGAGCUAAUAGAAACCGUGAUAUUUGUGCUACGCAGGAAGCAGAACCAGGUGUCAAAGCUGCACAUCUUCCAUCACAUCACCACGGUGACACUGGUGUAUGUGCUGUUGCACUUCAAUGAAAACGGCACAGCUGCCUACUUCUGCGUCUUCCUUAACUCGAUUGUCCACAUCUGCAUGUACACAUAUUACUUUGUGGCGGCGGUGGCCGACAAGGACUUUGUGCGAUCACUGAGGCCCAUUAAAAAGUGCAUCACGGUGAUGCAAAUGACGCAGUUCGCCUUUAUCCUCACUCAGGUGGUGUUCCAGCUGGUACUAUGCGGCAUUCCGGCCUUUGCGCUGUGCUACUACACCGGUGUCAUCGCGGCCAUGUUCUACGGCUUCUAUGACUUCUACCAGACCUCCUACCAGAAAAAUAAGCGCCACAAGAGUCUAACGACGCCCAACUAAGCCCUCAAUUGGGUACAAUCUUUAAAUAAAGGCCAACGAGCCACCAACAACUGUG